GGUCCCCUCACCCCUGUAACCCCUUUAACCCCUUUAACCCCUUCAGUGCCGUGCGGGACCCCGGUUCUCCGGCGCGUGGUGGGCGGUGCAGGAGCCCAGGAGGGACAGUGGCCCUGGACCGUCAGCGUCGCCUUCCGCGGCCGCCACGUCUGCGGCGGGGCCCUGAUCGCCCCGGCCUGGGUGCUGACAGCCGCCCACUGCUUCCCGCCGGAGAACGCCCUCGGCGAUUACCGUGUCACGCUGGGGGUGCUGCAGCUGCUGUCCCCCCCCCCGGACGCGCAGGUCCGCGCCGUGGCCUCGGUGACGCGGCACCCGGCCUAUCGCGACUAUCGCGACGGUGACAGUGACAGUGACGGUGACAUCGCCGGGGACCUGGCGCUGGCCCGGCUGGAGCCCCCCGCCAGCCCCUCGCGCCUGGUGCGGCCGGUCUGCGUCCCCCGCGCCGGCGUGGCCUUCGUCCCCGGCACCAACUGCACCGUCACCGGCUGGGGACACGUCCGCACCGCCGUGCCGCUGCCACCCCCGAAGACGCUGCAGCACCUGGAGGUGCCACUGCUGAGCCACCGCCACUGCCGCUGCCUGUACGCCCUGGGGACAGUGACACAGGGGACACAGGGGACAGCCACAGAGGGGCUGGGGACACCCGCCGGGGACACCAUCUGCGCCGGCCUGCCGCAGGGACAGCGCGACGCCUGCCAGGGUGACUCCGGGGGUCCCCUCACCUGCCAGCUGGGUGGCACCUGGCACCUGGCGGGCGUGGUCAGCUGGGGUGACGCCUGCGGUGUCCCCGUGUCCCCUCAGUGUCCCAAUGUCCCCAAACCCCCAAUGUCCCCUCAAUGUCCCUGUCCCCUCUGUCCCCAGGGUGACUCCGGGGGUCCCCUCACCUGCCAGCUGGGUGGCACCUGGCACCUGGCGGGCGUGGUCAGCUGGGGUGACGCCUGCGGGGUCCCCGGCCGCCCGGGGGUGUACACGGGGGUGUCCCCGCACCUCUCCUGGAUCCUGUCCCUUGUCCCCGAGCUGUCCCCGGGCCCCCCCCCCCGCUGUCCCCGAGCUGUCCCCGGGCCACCCCCCCAAUGUCCCCGAUGUCCCCGAGCCCCCCGGGGGGGACCCCUGCGAUUUCGGGGCGCUCCCCCCGGGGUGGCCGCGGCCGCUCGGCCCCGACCCCAAUGGGGACCCCGAUGGGGACCCCGGGGGGACAUCGGGGGUGGCAGCGGGGGGGACACGGGGGGUGGCACUGGGGGUGGCACUGGGGGCGCUAAUUUGGGGGUUAUGGGGUGA